ACCUCUAUAAAUAGCAGCUGGUUCCCACAUUGGGGUUUGAGUUCGUUUUUCGUAGUUUUUCGUGCUAUUUAUCCGUGCGCACCACUAUCGUAUCCGUUAUUCAUUUACCCGGUUCGUACAUGACCGGUCGGAGAGAGAGCGGGAGCGAUUACCGAGCACCUGAAAAUAUCUUUGUAUCUUUUGUAUGACUUUUUAAGUGAUCGGGUCGGACGUAAACAAAACAGUGUCGCGCUUAACUAGCAACUGCGUCUAAGCUAUUCGAAUUGAGUAUUUACAUAAUUGGGCGCAAAACUACAGAAUGACAAACCCCGACGUCCGGAAGAGAAAACUUGCCACCGACGAGAAGCCGCCCAGACGAAAAAGCAGCGGAUCCCCCAAUGGCGGCAGCGGAGGAAACCGCGGCGGCACCAGCGGCCUCAAGAUCUCAUUUCUGUGUCUGAUCGUUUCCGUGAUCCUCCUGCUCUUUGUGUUCGGUGUGUAUCGUUUGUAUUACUGCAAUAAUAAUGCUCCCGCCCCAAGAGUGCUAACUAAACCCUCUGACUUUCCCACUGUUACUGUUCCCUACUUCCAUGUGGAACCUCAUUUUCCGCCGCCACCAUCGACCACACAUCGCUCCGUUCUCAAAAAACCAUCAACCAACCCGCCAACCAAACCUGCAGGCUUCGUCUCCGAGAACGCCAGUCCAUACCUCGCCCGUUUGGCCUCCAAGUUCGGAUACAGCAAGGUGCAGUAUGCCGCCAUCAUCGACGCUGGCUCGACUGGAAGCCGGGUUCUGGCCUACAAGUUCAAUCGCAGCUUCAUCGACAACAAGCUGGUGCUGUACGAGGAGCUGUUCAAGGAGCGAAAGCCCGGACUGAGCUCCUUCGCUGACAACCCAGCGGAGGGAGCCCACUCCAUUAAGCUGCUUCUGGACGAGGCCCGGGCCUUCAUCCCCAAGGAGCACUGGUCGUCCACGCCGCUGGUCCUGAAGGCCACUGCCGGCCUGAGGCUUCUGCCCGCCAGCAAGGCUGAGAACAUCCUGAACGCUGUGCGCGAAUUGUUCGCAAAGUCCGAGUUCAACGUGGACAUGGACGCCGUGGAAAUCAUGGAGGGAACCGACGAAGGCAUUUUCAGCUGGUUCACAGUCAACUUCCUGCUCGGACGUCUCUCCAAGAGCAACCAAGCCGCCGCCCUGGACUUGGGAGGCGGCAGCACCCAGGUCACCUUUUCGCCAACCGACCCCGAGCAGGUCCCCAUUUACGACAAGUAUAUGCACGAGGUGGUCACCUCCAGCAAGAAGAUCAACGUCUUCACGCACAGCUACCUGGGCCUGGGCCUGAUGGCCGCCCGCCACGCCGUCUUCUCGCACGGCUACAAGAAGGACGAGAACGUUCUGGAGAGCGUCUGCGUGAAUCCCAUCAUCGCCAACCGUACUUGGACGUACGGGAAUGUCCAGUACAAGGUCAGCGGCAAGGAGAACGGAAAGUCCAGUGCCGAGCAGCCCAUUGUCGACUUUGAAGCCUGCUUGGAGCUGGUGAAGAGCAAGGUGAUGCCGCUGGUGAAGCCCAAGCCGUUCACCCUCAAGCAGCACACAGUGGCCGCGUUCAGCUACUACUUCGAGCGGGCCAUCGAGUCCGGCCUGGUGGAUCCUUUGGCGGGUGGAGAGACCACUGUGGAGGCGUAUCGCAAGAAGGCGCAGGAGAUCUGCGCCAUUCCCAACGAUGAGCAGCCCUUCAUGUGCUUCGACCUCACCUUCAUCUCCACCCUGCUGCGCGAAGGAUUUGGUCUCAACGACGGAAAGAAGAUAAAGCUUUACAAGAAAAUCGACGGCCAUGAAAUCUCGUGGGCUCUGGGAUGUGCGUACAACGUCCUGACGAGCGACGAAAAAUUCAGUAAUUCCUAACGCUCCUCCAGUAGUCCAUAGAUGAAAUAAUAACUUUUAAAGAUUGUUAGCUGAAAUUGUUUAUAGAGUGCCUUAAACGUGCAUCGAGUAUACUAUUAAUAGAGACCCUCAAUCGUAGCAACACAAAUACACUCAGACAUUGCCUAUAUACAUGCUGUGGUCGAUAAAUUUAGUUCGUGCUCUGUACAAUUUAUUUCAAUUGUCUUAAUUGAAGCUGGAUGGUAUAUGGUGGACGCCGCUAACCCGUUCUGUGACUGCACAUCAUGUUUAGUUUGUAAUUCCAAUUUUGUGUGAUUCAUAUUUUUGUCGUAGGGCUGUCUUUUUUGGCCUCAACUCCGUAACUCUACACUGGAUUCCUCUUGUACAUAACUUUACACAUCGGUUUAUAUUUACGAACUAUGUAAGCCAGCCUAGGGCUUUAGAGAGAACAUUUCUAUUUGUUUUUCCACAUAUGCAAGUGUUAAUUUAGUUAUUUUGCAAAUCAAUAAAAUGUUAACGAAUCUUAA